UCUAUACUCGACUUACAUCGUUCUUGCGGGAAUUCUACUUGUUGCUUGGAAGCACGAGUCGUGGUCGGCAUUGUUCCGAGAAGAUUUUAAAAAGUUCCAAGUAGUCAUCGUACGAAAAAAUGGCCAACUACCACAAGCCAGAAUCAAAAACGAUCCAAGAAUUGAAAGAUAUUGCGACGAAAUUGAGAAUUGAUUCGAUCGAAGCCACGCAAGCCAGCAAAUCCGGUCAUCCGACAUCAUGUUCUUCGAUGGCCGAAAUUAUGUCCGUUUUAUUCUUCCACACGAUGCGCUAUAAAGUAUCGGCACCACGCGAUCCCAGCAGCGAUAGAUUUGUUCUGAGCAAAGGUCAUGCAGCUCCUAUUCUUUAUGCAGCAUGGGCCGAGGCAGGCCUCUUCCCAACGAGCGAAUUAUUAAAUCUGAGAAAGAUCGAUAGCGAUUUGGAAGGACAUCCUACUCCGCGACUUAAUUUCGUCGAUGUGGGAACCGGUUCUCUAGGACAAGGUCUCUCUGUUGCAGCAGGGAUGGCCUAUGUAGGAAAAAAUUACGACAAGGCUAAUUAUCGUGUGUACUGUCUGAUCGGUGAUGGAGAAUCAGCGGAGGGUUCAAUAUGGGAAGCACUUCACUUUUCGUCUUACUACAAAUUAGACAAUCUCUGCGCUAUUUUUGACGUAAAUCGUCUCGGUCAAAGCGAACCAACAUCUCUCCAACAUAACAUGGAAGUUUAUCGUAAAAGACUCGAAGCUUUCGGCUUCAAUGCUUUGGUUGUCGAUGGCCACGAUGUCGAAGAAUUGGUCAAGGCUUUCCACGAAGCACAAAAUACAAAAGGUCGCCCAACUGCUAUUCUAGCGAAGACAUUCAAGGGAAAAUACUUCCCCAAUAUCGAAGAUCUAGAAAACUGGCAUGGAAAACCUCUUGGCAACACGGCAAACGAAGUGAUUCAACAUUUAACCGGUAUGUUGAAAAAUUCUGGCCCCCUUGGAUUGCAUCCUCAGAAGCCACUAGUCGAUGAUGCUCCGGUAGUAGAUAUCGGUAACGUUAAGUUAGCAUCGCCUCCAAGUUAUAAACUAGGAGAACAAGUAGCUACUAGAUUAGCUUAUGGUACAGCUAUAGCCAAGUUGGCUAAAAACAAUCCCCGCGUUAUCGCUCUGGACGGCGAUACGAAAAACUCUACGUACGCAGAAAAAAUCAAGACCGUUGAUCCAGCCCGAUUUAUCGAAGGCUUUAUCGCCGAACAAAAUCUUGUAGGUGUUGCGAUCGGUGCAGCCUGCAGAGACAGAACCGUUGCGUUUGUGUCAGCUUUCGCAACCUUCUUCACUCGUGCCUUUGAUCAGAUCCGAAUGGGUGCCAUCUCGCAAACCAAUGUUAACUUUGUCGGUUCGCAUUGUGGUGUUUCUAUCGGAGAGGACGGUCCUUCGCAAAUGGGACUGGAAGAUGUAGCUAUGUUCCGUACAGUUCCUGGCUCAACCAUUUUUUACCCAAGCGAUGCCGUUUCAACGGAACGUGCUAUCGAAUUAGCAGCCAAUACAAAGGGCAUCUGUUUCGUGCGUACUUCUCGCCCUGCCACUGCAGUUCUGUACAAAAAUGACGAACCAUUUGUCGUCGGCAAGGGUAAGGUAGUUAAAUCUUCCGCAAAAGAUCGAGUUCUCCUCGUUGGAGUCGGUGUAACUUUACACGAGGCGCUUAAAGCUGCCGAGGAUUUGUCGAAAGUCGGAGUAAACGUUCGAGUGAUCGAUCCGUUUACGGUUAAACCUCUCGAUGCUCAAUUGAUACUUAAGAAUGCCAAAGAAGUUGGUGGAAAGGUAAUUGCGGUCGAAGAUCAUUACAUCGAAGGUGGUUUGGGCGACGCAGUCUUGUCGGCGGUUGCUUUGGAGAAAAAUGUUGUAGUCAAAAAGCUGGCCGUCACGGAAGUGCCACGCUCCGGCCCUCCAAGCGUACUGUUGGAUAAGUAUGGAAUUAGUGCAAAUAAAAUUGUUGCUGCUGUCCAGGAAAUGUUAAAGUUGUAAACUUUAACGACUAUACAAAAUUAUUGGUGUUGUCGAAAUAUGCAGACCAUACUGCCAUAUCAAAAUUUAUUCAAAAGUACAAUGUAUCUGUAGAAUGCAAAUAUAAGGAAUAAUCGAUGCAUUCCAUCUUAUUUUUAUGCAUUUAAUGUAUACGCAUAAAGAUCGAAAAUUUGGAUUGUGUUAAUGUAUGACCAAGAUGCUCACACAAAGAAAAAUUCCACUUUGUAUGUAUACACAUUGUUUGUACAGGAAAA